GUGUAAGCCGUGGCUGAAGCGGCAGGUGGCGCGUGUGCGUGUGCCCGAUGCGCGCUCCCAGCGCCCCCUGUCGGUGUGUGAGUGUCAGUAAGAGGAAGCCCGACGCGCUGCUCCGCUGUUUUCUGUUUUGUCAGAGAGUUGAAAAUCCGCCGAGCCGCCAUUUUCCCCCACCGUCUCUCCCUCUGACACAACAACAAUAUACCCGAGAAACACACACCGCCAGCACGCAGAUCCAGCCCGAAAACCGCGCAAUCACACCGGAACCGCGCCGUGUGCCGGGGCAGGGAGACGGAGCAGCGCUGCGCCGCGGGAUUAAACACCGGAGCGGGCUUUUUUUAUUCCCCUUUGUGCCUCUUUGUGUGAUUUCGGCUCCUUCGCCCAUUUCGUGAAUCCCAAACGGAGCGGAUUUACCGGACGAGCGCACCAGGAUUUUCUUCCUCUCUCCCCCACCUCAUUUUUAUUUUUGAUUUUUUUAUUUUAACCCCCAAGAGGAAUAUCUCCAGCACCAACCCCCCACCUCUACACCCGGAUCGCGCGAUUAUUCUCCAUAAUACAGAUCUCUAUUUUUAAAAAUAAUACUCAAACUGGAGCGUAAUUAGUGAGAUCCACCCCCACCCACCCCCCCCUUCUCGGAGUCACGUGCAGGUUGUCCUGUGGCGUGACGGUAGGUGGGUGGUGUGGCUCUGGCCUCGGCCCCCUCGCGCCGCUGAAUGGCUGCGAUGGCGCCCGCGCUGACCGACACGCCGGCCGACACUCACCGAAUCCGCCUCAAACUGGCUCCGUCCUCCUCCGCUAUCAACCCGAGCGGCGUGGAGGAAAACGGCGCCACCGGCCGCGUCCUCGUCCCCACAAACGGCGCCAUCAAACGCAAAACCCCAUCCGACAAAGAGGAUCAUCUGUCCUGCACGGCCGGAACCUUCAACAAGGAGGAGUCGGGUCGCGAUUUGGGCAAAAUCCAGCAGCUAGUGACCUCGUACCGCUGCUCGGAUGAGACCCUGAAGCUGCAGAACGUCUUCGACAUCCUGCCUAGCUUCAUGCAGCGCAAACAUCACACCCUGGAGCUGUCGGAAGAGCAGCUGAAGAGCAUCAUGAGCGUGGGGAACGCGAGUGGUCUGCCUUCUCUACAGCAGAGUGUCGGUGUUAACGGCAUGGCCAGGAAAUUCACUAAAGCAAGCAAAGACUCCAACAGCGUGACCAUGAACGGGGGCAAGCACGGGCAGACAGCGCUUCCCCUCUCUCAUACUGGAUCGACAGGGAACGGCCCCGUCAGAGAUUCUACAGAGCAACACCAGUGCCCUAGAGGCGUCUCUCGGGACCGUCUGUACACCCGGGAUAUCCCAGAAUCCCCUGCGGCGUUCCGGCCGCCUUCGCGAGAGCGGAACAUUUCGGACAGGUUGUCGGCGCUUGGCUCGGAAGUCUCUCUGCCUCCGUGUUCUGCGCUUCACCCGCCCGGAAGCCUGGGAGGAGACCUGCACGAUCGGUCGCAGCAGGUCGAGAGCCGUCAGCUGGAGAUCGAGGGUCGUCUGCGGCGCCUGCGCAAGCGGCUGCAGGUGGUGCAGGCGAAGCAGGUGGAGCGUCACGUGCAGCAGCAGCUUGGUGGAUUACUUCACAAUACCCUGGGGCCUCGGGACGCCCGCUUCCAUCAGGAGAGAGCAGAAGUGAACCGCUUCCUGAGGGGCGGAUCGGCCACGGCCGAAUUGGAGCGACUCUCGCUGAGCUGCAGCACCAACCUGCGAGCGGCGGAAAGUGCCUUCGAUUCAGACGUGACUGAGAGCAGCUCUGGAGGAGAAACGGACGUGGAAGAGGACGAGCUGGCCCGGGUGGACGUCGAGCAGAGGCACAUUUCUCUGUGGAGGAGAGCCGAGGGCCGUUAUGCAGUGGAGCGCUCCUCCAUCAUCAGUCACUGGAACUGGCUGCAGGCUCACGUCUCUGACUUGGAGUACCGCAUCCGCCAACACACCGACAUCUACCGUCACAUCCGCACCAGCAAGGGUGCCGUGAUGCUGGGUGAGAGCUCAGUCUGUGAGACAGCAACCGAGAAUAGCAGCAGCGUGUCUAGGACGGAGAGUCCCACCUGUCCACAGAUGCCCGACGCUGACGUGACGGACGGCUCCAUGUCGGCCCUCGGUGUCUCCAUGGAGACGAACCUGAGGAAAAGUUACCCGUCUGUCCGACAUGUUAACGGGGUCAUUAACAGUCUGCGUUGCGGUUCUCCGGCUGUGUCCGAGCCGGAGCAUCAGAGGCCGAGUGCUCCAGACCCGAGCUGUGUAGCAGCACGAACUCGACCGCUCAUCUCCUGCAGGAGGAGACGCCUGAUCCAACCCUCCACACUGCCUCACCUCAACAACAAGGCACAGACGGGCCGGUGGUGUGGCUGUGAUGUCAGUGGUCAGUGUGUGAUGUGCUGUAGUCGUCCUGCUGCUCCGUCACACACUCUGUUUCAGCGCCCCCUGCUGGACAGACUGGCUCAGCUCGACCCCUGCGUCCACCCCGUCCUCUCCUUCACAGAUGACGUUGGAAUGGGUCUGCACUUGCAGCGUGUGAUGAAGUGUCACUGGCAGGGCCGGCCGCUGGACAAGAUCAGAGCCAUCAAGAAGCUCUCGCUCAAACACUCGAAGUUCUCUCCGAGCGGCCGUCUCCUCGACCCUUCAUCAUCUUCCUCUUCCUGCGCCAAAGACAAGCUCAAGCUGACCAGCUCGCUCCUCUCCACAGUCCGUUUGUCCCAUCACAGAGUGAGAUCAGAGAAGCUGUAUCGACACCAGCAGAGUGACAGCGAGUCUCGUCAGCUGUACAGAGCAGAGCGCAGUCACACUCGCAAGAGACCCCGAGAACACUCACUGGAGCGCGACAAUGUCAGUAAGGUGUAUAUGGAGGUGGCGAGCCCGAGUUCCUCUCUGACCACGCCCACUCUCAGUCCUGUAGUGAGACAGCUGUCGUCCUCCGAGAGCCCGACGCCCUGCAGUCUCACCACCACACCCCAGCAGGCACAGCGUAAGAGGAGAGUGGAGAGCUCGUUUGACAUCAACAACAUCGUCAUCCCCAUGUCUGUGGCAGCGACCACCCGAGUGGAGAAACUGCAGUACAAAGAGAUCCUCACGCCCAGUUGGAGGGAGGUGAACGUCACAGCCAGUCACAUUUCUGAGGAGGACGAUGCAGUGGAGAUUGAGGAUUUAUCGGAUGCGGCGUUCUCUCAGCUUCAUCUCCCGUGUGAAGAGCAGGAACGUUCUCGCUGGAGUUGGACGUCCAGUUCGGUUGCCAAGAGGAGGGGCAGCCGGUCGUAUAAGUCAGUGGAUGGACGCAGCACUCCGCUGCUGGGGGGAACGAAUCCCUCCACACCUCAGCCUUCGUCUCCCGACCCGUCUCACUUUUCACUGCUGCAGGACUACAGCUCGGCCCCUUCGCCCUCGCCCUCCAGCCCUGCCAGCCCUGAGCUGCUCGCGCUCUCUCACACACACACGCCCAGCUCCAGAGACUCCCACCGGCUCCUGUCUAACGAGGACACGCGCUGCUCCACCCCUGACACCAGCUACGACGAGACGCCCGUGCAGCCGUGGGAGCGGCGAUCGUUCCCCCUGGACGCAGAUCCGGCGCAGGAUCACGAGCAGCACGCCAGUCCGGGCGGCGAACGCACCUUUCGAACCGCGCGGCGAAUCUCUGGCUGCAGGAGCGGCUCCAGGUCCGAGUGCGAGGGCGAGCCUCCGUCACCGCUGGCUGAAGACACGGGCCGGCACAGGAGCAACUCAUACAGACAUACACACUGCUGAAACGUUCUCCACACACACACACACACACACACACACACACACACACACACACCCCUCCAGCUCCAGCGCCGCCGUACAGAGCAGAUUAAACCUCCUGCUGUUUGAUAUUCAAACAUCACUUAGUUCUUUCACAGUUUUCAGUGAAUUUGAUGAGUUGAAGAUUGGAAACAAGUAGACGACUUCUGUUUGUUUGUUUUGUUUUGUUUUUGUUUUGUUUUCGGGUCACUGGAUAGUAAACGUUGGUGGCCGGCCGUUCAGAGACAGAAAGCAGGAAACCGAGACUCGGUGGUGUCCUAAAUCGCUCGUGUGCACUUGCUUCGCAUUGGAACGUAUUGAAUAGAUUGUAAACCAGCGGGUUGACCACAAGCUCCCUAUUGUUCUGAUUUAGGUCCAACCCGAACACGCACAUAAACGUCUGACCAUCAGGCACGUCCUUAUUACUAUUAUUAUUAUUAUUAUUAUUAUUAUUAUUAUUAUUAUUAUUCAUUCAUUAUUUUUCUCAGCACUUCUCUUUUCAUUCUCAGCGUCUUUAAUCUGCGGGGCCAGCUUUAACAGAAAUCCGUUUCAAUCAGCUUCCUGUCCGGGCGAUCGCCCGUGUGUAUGUCGUGUGAAAGUGCCCUGGUUCUGCGAACUUUAGUAGAAAGCGGUAGGUGGCACGUCAGUGUACACGCAGGACGCGCGGCGCGUGAUCGCGGGUCAGCGCUCGGGGGUUUACGUCGUGCGUGUUCACUCGUACGAGCGGUUUCUUUACCUGAGAACGAAUCGGACGCAGCACUCGAUCCGAGCCGCUUUUGUUCAGUCCUGCUGUCUGAACGCUCGAAAUGAGAAAUCCCCCUUACGCAGGAGAACGCUUUCGCAGCUCCUCUUCUCGGUAUCUGCACUCCGAAGCCCGGCGCCGUUGUUCUCUUUCGUUGCGGCGCGUUUUCGUGCGGCGCUUGUAUCGGAAUCGUAUUCCCUUUCUCGACUCGCGCCACUCGAAUCAUUUAGACGUAGACGCUGAUCUAAUUUCUUUCCUCCGCGCCCUUUCUCUUCUCUUGCGAGAGAUUAUUAUUCGGACCGAGGCAGGACUGCGGGAUUGUUUUCCCCAACAGAGAGAUUUCAUACGUUACAAUCAUACUACGUUCAUAGCUACUUUAUUGAAUGAUUAUUUCUCAUUUAAUCCUGAUCCGAGUUCUCAUUAUGACUCCUAUAAUCCAAUCUUGACUCUUAGCGUUUGUGUUGCGGUCACCGAUCAGUCUGUGUACAGCUGCCAAGCUGAAACGGCUCACGUCGCCGAGGGGCGUGGCCUCCACGAGCGUGGGACUCCAGAGAGACGAGGGGGCGGGACUAAAGCUUUUAACAGUGCGCAAAACGUCUACCUGUGUGACGGCGCUCCACACGACAAGCGGCGCGUUCCUGUGUCGAGAUGCAGGUUUACCGUUUAUAAUCGAGUUCUGAUGGACGAAGUGGUGAUGAAUUUUGACGUGUUCGUGUACAGUAUAAUUAGGUCCGAUCUAAUCCAGUGGGGUUAAGAUCUCUACACCGGCUCUCUAGCAGCGUUAGGACUUGAGAUUCCAGCUUUUUUUAGCUAAUUUAGCACCGAGCCGCAGUUUUGUUUGUUUUUCUUCCCCCUCGUGGAGCCGCACUGCGUCUCGCGUCCCCGUCAGUCACGUCCAAGCUUCUGCUUUCAGUUUAUUCAGCUCCCGUACCUGCGCUUUCUCGCCUCCGGCACUCUCACGUCUGUCUGCCUUUGACACGCACAAAGCCCUCGUACCUUCGCCUUUCUCACGUUCUCGCCUCGUUUCCGUUUCUCGAUCCGCUGGACAGUCUGUAAUUCCGUCUGUUACGCCAUGAGAGUAUUUUACGCUCGGGUCAGUGUCUACACGUUAUUAUACGCUCUCGUUAACCAGCAGGUUUUUGUUUAACCCUUUAAAAUCAUCAGCCCUGAGUGUGUGUGUGUGUGUGUGUGUGUGUGUGUAUGAUGUGUGGUGUAAUAAAACGCGUUUUGUUUUUUUUAAAACACCGUGAAGAAUGAAUCUCAGCUACUUGGCCCGUUUUAUCCGUUCUCUUCCCCUGAUUAAUACACACACCUCCUGGAUGGCGAUGGUCUGCUCUGCGCGCUCGUACAGUUCGAUUAGCGUUCAGGAUCCGAUGUCGUGAGAUUUUCCUACGCUCCGUGUCCAACCUGGUGAAUUUGAUUGGUGUUGUGGGGAGGGAGGGAGGGAGGGAGGGAUUUGAGUAGGAGGAGUCUGGUGUAUCAUUUAGCAUGUAAUAGUUUGUAUUAUAUUAAAAAAAAAAGAAUAUAUUUUGUAAAUACAUUGUUUGAUUCUUUACCGUGUUCUGAUUUUUGAGGCUGUAGCUGUCCUGAUUGUAUAGCGAGAAGACGCGUACAAAAAAAAAAAAAAUAUUUAACAACUUUCUUUACGGAAAUAAAGGUGUAUGGAUCAUUGGCAAAUCUGACAGCGUUUGUGCUUCUCCAAAUUAAAAGUGAAUUAUAUUGUA